CCCCGAUCGUUGUCUCGCUUUCCACAGCCACCUCUGCCGCCUCCAGCCCUCACUGCCCUCACACCCCCCCACAGCACACACUUUCUUCCCUUUGACCUUUACCAGCCAGCCUGCCAACAAGAACCAUGGAAGAGCUUGGGUUGACGCAGUGGACGCUAAUUGUGCAGCAGCUCUUCACAGUCCCGCGAUAUGCGGAGCCGCCCAAAUCGCAGCCGAGCAAUCGCCGGCGAGUAGUGGACAAGUACCUGCCGUACCACAAGCAGAACGCACUCGCACUCAUCCGCCUCAUGUGCACCUGCCACAAGAUGUACCGCGAGCUUCCGUAUGCGCUGCCCGUGUGGUGUUUGCAGGACGCCUUUGACGCGCCGGGCGUCGCGUGGAUCACCAACAAGAAGGUGCUCAAGGACUGGAAGGCGUGGUGCGAGGACCGCUUCAUCGCCUACGCCCGGCUCGGCGUCUUGUGGCGCGCCAACUGCCACUACCUGCGCCUCAAGCAGCACACGCAAGCCUUCCACACCAAGUUUUCCCGCUACGCUCGCCUCUGCUUCAACCUCCACCAGGACAUGAUCACAUGGGUGCGGGGUGUCGGCGCCGCUGGGGACGUUGCCGCCCACAACCCCCAAGCGCUGGACGCCGCGCGGUACCAGCCCGCGCGCCUAACCCCGGCAGUGGUGUAUCUCAUGCAGUUCCGCUACGCUUCCGAGGGCGACUGGGACUCCGUGCUGGAGCUCCUGCGCGAGCUUGGCAACCCGCGCCUCGAGCAGGCCCACAUCCGCACCAUCAUCCCGACCGACGUCAUUGCCCUGAGCGGCGCAUGCCACGUGUUCCUCACAUCAGAGAAGCCCGUCGAGCAGGUCCAGCUGCGUGGCGUCGACCACUUCACGUGGACCAUCCUCCACCGCCAGCCCAGCAUCACGGGCUCCCUGGGCUCCGUCAAGUCUGUGACAAUCCGAGAGCUCGAGCGGCGCAUGGUUCCUCUUGAAAUCGGCGCCCUGGCCAACGUCCCCACCGUCAGCGUCAAGUGUGGCCAGCUGGAGGACUUUGCCCCGUUGCAAGCAGCCAAGGAGCUCUCGCUCGCCUGGACAUGCCUCGUUCCCCUCACACAGUUUGCCAAUGUCCAGCGACUCACGCUGAACCACGUUUCGGUGAGCAUGUUGCACGCACGCGCUUUCACCUUCAACGGCACCCAUCUCGUCAUGAAGCAGCUCCAGGGCUUCCAUGGCCCAGUCAACCUCCCCCGCGCCAGCACCAUUGUCAUCGACGACUGCGACGCCCUCACACAGGUCGUCUGCAGCAGCAAGCGCAUUCAUCUGCUGCGUGUGUCGCAAUGCCGCGAGCUGUCGACCCUGUCCCUCGUCGGCGUCGAACACGUCAGCGACGUUUGCAUCACCGACUCUGCACUGAAGGACUUCACCUUCCUCGGUACCGCGCUCGGAUCGCUCACGCUGCAACGCUGCCCCAGCCUCACGUCACUGCAGCUCCCGCGGCUGAAGUACAUCAACAACAUUGCCCUUGCGUUUUGCAACACUCUGCUCAUGGCCGUCAUCCGCGCCAGCACCGCCAUGCAGACGCUGGCCGUGGGCGUGUGCAAUGAUCUUCGCGGUUUGCACAUUGACGUACCCGGCGCCGACGCAAUCUUGGUUGACGAGUGUAUGGGUAUUGAGCAGCUCUCGUUCCAGGGCAAAACGCUGAAGAAGCUGCGCGUGGACAGCAGCCCUGAACUCGUGGCGCUGCUGCUUGAUGCCGUGCAGGACCUGCGGGAACUUGUACUGUGGGACUGCUCGGCGCUCACCAGCAUCGCCUGCAGGAGCCCCAACAUCACGAGCCUCAGCCUCGCCCGCUGCCCAGUGCUCGCAUCCGUGUCCAUGCCCAUGUUCGAAGGGAAUGAGUGUGCCGAUUUCACCGAUUUGGAUGCAGCCGCCAGGCUUGCGCAGAGCAAGCGCCGUUUCAAGAAACUCUUCAUUAUCGCAUGCCCCAUGUUGCCGCCACGCCUGCCUUUGUUUGAGAAGGCCGAGAACUUCGGCUCCAGCCUUCCACUGCCCGCACCCAUGCUGAGGGAGCUGAUCCAGCGGGUCACUCUUCUAAACCUGAACGCCGCGGCGAGCAAGCACAUUGGCACCGUGUUGCACGACAUCCCCGCGGGCGCAGACAUUCAAUUGUAUGACGUGGACGCCAGCGACAUUCGCGGCUUUUCUUUGCCUGCAAGCAUCAAGUCCGUGGUGGUUCUCGUUUCCGACGAAUUUGACGUCGCGCCGCUCAAGAACGUGGCCCAGGUGGUUGUGAAAGGGCAAACCAACGACGCUGCACUGGUUGGCCUGGACAACUUGAAGGCUGUAGGCACACUUCACAUUUCAAAGUGCGCGCUCAAGCAAGGCGAACUUCACAGCGCAUGUGCGAAGCAAUCCAUCACCCUGGAAGACUGCACUGGUGCCGUCGUUGCUCGUGGUGCACAACAGGUGCUUAUCCGGGGCCCUCGCAUGCCACGAACCUCGCUGGGCGACAUUGCGGGCGAUUUAUCGCUGUGGACGGUAUCCGGCCCGCUCAAGUUGGAAUUCACCCGAAACGUUCGCAAGUGCUCCAUUACAUCCUGCACCCUUGAAGACUUCCACGCGCUUGCCGGCGUUCGAGUGCUGGAGUUGACGAAAUGCACCUUUGACAGCGUGGGGACGCUGCCGUACUUCGAGUCGCUGUCCACCUCGCAGUGCGUGCGAAGCGACCAGACAGAGUGGAGCAACGUUGUUCUGCACCAGUUUCGCCCGCGUGAUGCCCAGUCCAGGCUUGUCCCCGAUGUCCACCUCCAGCACUUUGGCGGUGGCUUUCGAUGGUAA